AUGACGACUCGACGCACCGACGACGCAGAAAUAGGCAAUGAGGCAGCGAAUCCUGCCAACGCCAAUGCCGAUAUCGAACAAGCUUUGCCCCAAGAAGAAGCUGAGCCUCCAAGUGCACACCAGCCAUCCGAAAAGCCUAACUUGCCUGCUCUUGCACGAGUGCUGUCACGCCGAUCUGCAGUAUCAUUUGACCCCGGUCCGGCUCCCGAUGGUGGUGUUAAAGCCUGGAUCCAAGUGUUCUGCACCCAUCUGACUAUCUUGACGACUUUCGGCUUCUUCACUUCAUUUGGCGUAUACCAGACCUACUACGAAAAGACGCUUGGCAUCGAGCCGUCGACAAUAUCAUGGAUUGGUUCCCUACAGGUCUUUCUCCUCUUCUUCCUCGGUACUUUUACUGGUCGCGCCACUGAUGCUGGUCUCUUUCGCCCUGUCUAUAUCGCUGGAAGUUGUUUCCAGUUGCUCGGUAUCUUCACUUUGGCGCAGUGUAAGAGCGCAUGGCAGAUUUUCCUCUCCCAAGGUGUCUGCCUGGGCAUCGCAAACGGCUUACAAUUCUGUCCUUCCAUGGCUCUCGUCUCCACGUACUUUGUCAAACGCCGCGCCUUUGCACUUGGAUUCACAGCACUGGGCUCUUGUACUGGUGGUGUUAUCUUCCCAAUCAUUGUGCAGCAAUGCCUGCCUAGCAUGGGCUUCGCAUGGACCAUCCGCAUCAUCGGCUUCAUCAUGCUCGUUGUGAACAUUACGACGAUUGCCCUAUAUCGUACGCGACUUCCGCCGAGGAAAAGUGGUCCACUGGUUGACUGGGCAAGUUUCAGAGAGUUGCCCUAUACUCUGUAUUGCACCGCGGCUUUCUUCAGUUUUUGGGGCUUGUACUUUUCCUUCUUCUACAUCGGGAGCUAUGCGCGCAACGUCCUGGGGGUCAGCUAUCAACAAAGUAUCAAUUUGCUCCUUGUGCAGGUUGCCAUGGGAUUUCUCUUUCGGAUACUACCCACGUACUAUGCCGAUAAGAUUGGGGGACUAAAUGUACUGAUUCCUUUUGCCUUUCUCUGUGGCAUCAUGAUGCUGGCAUGGAUCGGAAUCAAGUCGAUUGGCACAUUGUAUGUCUUUGCAGCUAUAUAUGGCAGCGGAAGUGCCGUCAUUCAGGCAUUGUGGCCUGCUGUCAUUGGAAAACUGAGCCGCGAGAUGGAUCUGAAGAAAACGGGUGUGCGAAUGGGCAUGGCUUUUACCAUUGUGAGCAUGUCGAGUCUGACAGGUCCGCCGCUAGCCGGUGCACUCAUCCAGAUGAACAAUGGCGACUAUACAUAUGCAAACGUUUGGGCAGCCAUGUCGUUCUUCGUUGGGGGUAGUUUGCUUGUGGCUACGAGGAUAUCUCUUGUGGGCUGGGACUGGAAGGCAAAAGUAUAA